AUGGCAACUCGUGUUUUCGAUAUCUUGGCGGAAAAAAAUGGGACAUACACAUUUGAUUGGCGUCCACAUAAUAUGCAUAUCCGUUGUUUCUGUCACAAGAUUGCAUUAAUCGUCAAUGCUGGUCUUGCCGAGCUUGGAAUGAUUGCGCCUCCCCCCUCCAAAGUAAAGGAGUCAAUCCUUGGAACAUUCCCGUACUCCGAUGUCAUGGAAACAAUUGCUGAGGUGGAAGAAGAAAUGGAAGAGGACAACAAUGAUCAAGCCAAUGGUCCCGAUCAUCAAACCAAUCCGAGUAUCGAUGACGAUGAAAUUUCUGAACCAGAACACGAUGAGGAAGAGCUUGCCAGGCUAGGUGACCAACAAGACAAGGAAGAAGAAGACAACAACCCAGGUGAAUACCAGGCGGCAAAUCGUAAUGAAUCCAAUAGGUUAGACCAUGUAACUAGAAAGGUGUGA